GACCCCGGAUGGAAAAACGCUUAUAUCUGGGUCAUAUGAUCAGUCAAUUACGACAUGGGACACUUCAACCUGGACACAAAUCGCCGUGCUGAAAGGACACACUUGGAUUGUGCGAUCCAUUGCAAUAUCUCUAAAUGGCCGCAUCCUCGCGAGCGCAUCCUGGGACAACACAGUGCGAUUAUGGAACCUUGACAAUAACCAGCUCAUCGGUUCGCCCCUCCAUCCAUCUUGAGACUUGUGUGACUUCUGUGUCAUUUUCGGCAGAUGGAAAGCUACUAGCCACUGGCUGCUUCGACAAAAAUGCGUAUACAUGGGAUGUUUCUGGGAUACUCAAAGAAGCUGGCCUUAGCGAACUUUUGUUGGACAAGCCGGUCCUCGCUUCACGACGUUCAGUCCGUCGGCCAAUCAUCGUCCCUCGGGUGCCCCAUGAUUUUUUUGAUGACUUACCAGGUCGGGCUCACGUUUCUGCACGACACCCUCAAUCAUGGGCAUCGCAUUUAAGCACCCUUCGUAAUUGGUUUUCCUCUUUAUUCCACCCCGACGCCCACGAUACGUCUUUGCCACCCCACCCUUUCUACUGGGUUCGAAAUCGACUCUUGGACAAACCAAGCGAUGAAGAUCUCGAGCUCCGCGAGCGUCCCUCAGCAGUCGUCGAUGUUCCGUAUGCUAAUGGCAAACGUAGGAAUGCAUCAGCAAGAGAAAAACGGAUGAAAAUAAUUCCAUUGAAACCUGGGAACUCUGCCGCAAGCACCUCACGUCCUCCCAAUAGCAAUACCACACAACACUUUAAUGGCGCGUCUCAAGCCCAGUCUUCGCAAGCGCAGACUACUGUCUCCACUUCCACCCCAUCUUCCACCGUCACUGACACAAUUCCGAACACCAAUCCUCAUGUCAUUAUCAAACACGCUGGGCGCUGGACUCGUUUUUGGCUCUCUAUAUGCUGUUCCUCUUAUGAAUAUACUGACGGUCAUCAUUAAUCUACCCUUUUUAUUUUUUCUUCUCUUAAAGAUCUCCUUUGUCAUU